AUGGCUUCGGAGAGGCCGUGGGCCUACCCCACCGAGCAGGCUCUCGGGCAGGGCCUCGCCGACGCAGAGGUGGAGCUGAAGCGCGCAGAGUUUGGGACCAACGAGCUGGACAAGGACGAGGGCACGCCGCUCUGGAAGCUGGUCCUGCAGCAGUUCGACGAUCUCCUCGUCAAGAUUCUCCUCGGCGCUGCCGUCCUCUCCUUUGCCAGGCGCGCCGACUCGACCGCGUGA